AUGGAAAUGGUCUGGUGCUAUGCUACAUCAUCCAUGUAUCAAAAUGAUACUGGAUCUAUGUAUACGAAAUCAACAAGUAUACUAUGUAAUAACUUUUGCUUAUUUAAUACACAUAAAAACGAUCAGAUAAAAAGCACUGCUUUGUAUGAAUUAUCUAGCAUUUAUAGCAUGGUAAAAGGGUCCCCGAGCAUUUUUGUAUGGGGAGCUUUGAUUGUGCUCACUUCAUAUAUAGAGACGCUUGUGCUCUUACAUUGCACGCAUGGUCCACACAUGCUUACUGCAAUAUGUUCACAUUAUAAAUCAUUCUCUCAGCCUGCUCUAUUAAUUGACAAGUACCGAAAGAACAAAGAUUUAACGGUCUACACUAUAAUUCGUAUGGUACGCUAUCAGCAUUAUCGCCUCCAUUGGUUGGCAGCUUACGCCCGUCAAGAUUAAUAGUAGAAAUUGCUGAAAAUAUUUUGGGUUGUAGGAUCACUCACUGGCUCAACCCAUUUUUUAAGAAAAAAAUAAAAAAUUUACAACGAGAACUGGAC